UCCUCAUAAUGUUUUCCCUUCACUGAGUCACUCUGCAAUUUCUUAGCUUCUCUGGCCAACUUUCAGGAAAAGAGACGCAAUGAAGAUCUUCAACUGGGUGCACAGGAGGUUUCAUCAUAGCACUUGCAAAGAUAGGUUCGCUUCAAACAUUGCAAAGACUGAACCUACGCUGAACGAUACGGAUAGUCAAGCUUUACUCAAACAAAUUGCCCAUGGUGAUGUCCUUGAUGGUUGGAAAGAUGGCAUUCUGACCAUUGGAACCCUUGGGUAUGAUCCCCUAAGGUCCUUUAACCAACAGAAAGAAUACUUAGCUCUGGAAAGUGAAGAUGAACCGGAUCAUGAAGGUGAAGGAGAGCACGUCAUUGUUGAUGGUGAUGACGAUGUGGAUUAUAAUGUUGAACAUGAAGAACUGAAUCCGUUGAUGCACAACGCAUUUGAGCAUAACUAUGAGGAUGUUUUUGAACCAAAUCACAGUACCAAUGCCAGUGAACACAGCAUGGCUAUGGCCCUCAAUGAGAAUUUUCUGAUUCCCACUGUGUUAUCUCAUGAAAUCACUGAAUUAAGCCCUGGGGAGACUGAUCAAAGGAAGAAGAAAGGGGAAAGAAUCACCUUAGCUGACCUCUUCUUGGCCGAUUCUGAUGUUAAAAUGAAAAUGGACCCUGCAAAAGUUUUGCUUGAGCCAAAUGAAAAACCAAGCCUUAAAUCAAAGCAUGGACUGUCAUUCACCAAGAAGCUCUUUCCACUUGCGAAGGACAAUUCACACCCUGUGAAAAAUAUACAGCGACUGAUGAAGAAGAUGUUAAAGAAGAAAAUCCAUCCAGAGCUUGAUGUUAAGAAUCUCAAACCAGCGGACCAGGAAGAUCAAGAAGCCAGUGACUCUACUACUUUGCUUCCAAUUUAAGGUGCAAGCUAGUUGGUUCAGCUCUGAAGCUAGAAUCUCUGUUUAUCUGGAAACCUAUUUUUGUUAAUGAAACGUAAGAAAGAUUAGGUACUUCAUUGUGUAUUGUAAGAACAAUGCGCUGAACCCUGUGAUUCUCCUUUGCCAUGUCCCUAUAUUGCGUUUGGUCUCUUUCCUUUCUCUCUGGCUGAACAUCGUUGUAGCCUGACUGUGAUUGUCUCUGAUAUUUGUGGCUGUAAUUCAUAUCUUCUCUUUCUGCAUUA